UUGGUUUCGUUUUUGACUUUUUGUUUUGCAGAAUCCCAUGAAAAAGCAAGGAAGCAGAAAAUGCAAGAGAGGGAGACAGCGCCAACCAGAAAAUCAACUCUCAAAUACAAUCACAAAGCAUAGCAAAAUGACCCUUAAACAUCAACCUUCUGCUUCUCCUUCUUCCAAACCACCGAAGUCCUCCGCUUUCCUCGACAAGAUGCAGAGUCCGGUUCCAGGUUCAGUUCUUGGUUCCUACAGUGAAGGAACUGGAAUCGGGGAGUCCCGAUUCCAACUUCUUAGAACCGGAACCUACCCUGUCAAUGACGGUUCCGAUUACUAUCUGAAAUCAGAGCUUCUGACCAAAUGAAUCUCUCUCUGCAACAUGAUUGGUUGAUUUCAUAUACAUGUGCAACAAGAUCACUACUUUAUCAAAGGAGUGAUUUAGAUCCCUUAUCCACUCCUCAGAAGAAAAGAAAUCACAAAUUUUCAUUACAUUUUCCUCUCCUAUCGCCAAGACUGAAGAAAGCUGAGCCUGUGUUCAUCUCUCUAGCAGGCGCAGGCCACUUGGUUCCUGAAGUUGAGUUUGCAAAGCAAUCGUCAGAGCAAGAUGAUGGACGUUCUACAGUGUUCAGAAAUUAUAUAAGGGAAGUGUUGCUUCGCUAAGGGAAUGGUUACGUGUUGCAUGUAAUGCAAGCGGUUUUCUCAUGCAUGUUUCUUAAGGCUGAAAGCUAUUUUCGUGUAUGAACUGUAUUAUCCAUUCACUGGCUCCCUAGCUCAUUGUUUUAUAUUUUUCCCCAGGUUUACAUACAGGGAACGUGAGGCGCUUGCUUAUGCUUUAGGUUGGCCCACAGUCGCAUUUUCAUUGGCAUAACGCUUGUACAUCUUAGAGGAGCACUCUGAUACAGUGUUUUAUGUAAAUGAUUACACUUUCAUAAUCAUGUUUUGAGUUGUACAACUGUCAUUAAAGUUUUAUGAAUAAGUUUUAUACGAUCCUUGAGUCCUUGGAAACGCUUGGAUAGGGCAUACUCAAAGGGGGGGCGGCUAAGAACACCUUCGACGGAACCCACUUUCACAUUGACAAAAUGAGUAGUCAUAAGGGAUGGUUAGAAAGAGAGAUCCAAAUCAGCUGAAACCAGAAUAAGGACAGGAGAAUCAAAGAUUAAAGUAAAGUAAACGACGGCGAACACUGGACGAGUGAAGGCGAAUUGGCGAAGUGUGAAGGUGAAGAAAGGGAGAAAGGGUUAGAGAUUUCAAUUUUGAAAUUUUGUUUUGUUAGGUCCGUCUGGUUUACUGUUACUAACCCGAUUUAUUCUGACUCGCAAUUGAACCCUAGGUUAGUAUUGUUCAAUGUUGGGUCAAUCCUAGGCCAAUCCAAUCCAAAGGCAAAACUGGGCUAAAUCAUGUGAUCGAA